AUGAAGCAAGCUCAAGAUAGCCAAAAAAGUUAUGCAGAUUUGAAGAGGAAGGAUGUUGAGUUCGAAGUGGGUGAUAAAGUAUUUGUUAAAGUUUCCCCCUACAAGAGAGUGAUGCGGUUUGGUGGUAAAGGAAAAUUGGCACAAGGAUAUAUGGACCUUUUGAAGGACAGGGUGCACAAUGUUUUUCGUUUCGAUGCUUCGAAGUAUGUUAAUGAUCCUUCCACUAUAUUAAGAGUAAAAGAUGUGGAAGUAGAAGACCAUGGGGUAUGGGAGCGAUCAAUUCAGAUACUGGAUAGAAAGAUUAAAGAGCUCCGGAAUAAGAGAUCCCACUUUGAAAGUCUUACGGAGGAAUCAUAA